UAUCCUCACGAAAGCUUAUUCCUACGAAAAAAUUUGAUGUAAACAACAAUUUCAAAACAUUAAUUUUACUUUAUUUAAUUUGUGCCUGAUUAACUUUUUUCGCAAAUAUGAGUGUUUUUAGAUUAUUCUCGAGUGUAGUUAAGCCUGGUCAACAGUGCUUAUCUUCAUUGAGAACUGUCACAAAAUGUAUAAAAUGUUAUUCUUUAGAAGAGACUACCAUGUGUUUGACUAACUGGAAUCUUAUACCGAAUAGUGAAUGUAGCCUACCUGCUAUCAUGUAUGAUCAAAGACGAAAUUAUGCUAAACGAGGAAUUGUCAAGGAGAAAAAAGGAAAAUCGCCUAAGUACGAGAUGUCUGAUGAAGAACUGUCUAAGCUUAUUAAUGUGGAGGAGUUUGAAGCGUUAUUGUCAGGAGUGGUAUCUAAGCUGAAAACCGAAUAUACUGUUCAAUUAAGUUUACGAGUUGGCUUGGGAAUUGAAACUUUACCUGUUGAAUUGGAUGGUUCUGUACACCCUCUCAAAGAUGUGGCCCAGAUAUCCCGAAAACCUCCAAAUAUAAUUGUGUUAAAUCUUAGUGCUCUACCUGAUGCCAUAAAGCCUGUUCUAAAUGCUAUCAAUAAGUCUGGAAUGAAUCUUGCCCCACAAAUUGAUGGUGUUAAAAUAUUUUUAACAAUACCGAAAAUCACGCGAGAGCAUCGGGAAAAUUUAGCCAAAAGUGCUAAAACUCUUUUCAACUCAGCAAAACAGGAGAUCACCCAAUUACAAAACAAAUACACCGAGACUGCGAGGUUGCCAACGGCUGGUAUAAGUCAAGAUACGGUUAAAGACGCUGUUGAUAACAUUAGAUAUAGAGCCCAAGAAUCCAUUGGAAAAUGUGAAGAGCUUUUCAAAUUGAAAACUAAAGAGCUCGUGGAUGGAUGAGGACAACAACCGUCAAACAUAAUAUUAUAGCCAUUCAAACUAGUUGUCAGAACAAUAUUUCUGUGUUCAAUCUAAUCUGUUGAGAGAAACUCUACUAUUUUUCUCCUCUCUCAUUAUUUUAGAUGAUUUAAUUCAUGUUUAACAGAAUAUUCCUAAAUCUUGCCAAACAUUUCUGUACCAUAGCAGAUGACUUACACACAGAAUCUAAUCGCGACAGUCAAUCGGUCGAUUUCGUUGAUUAUGAGAAUGAUUUUACUAUGACAUUUGUAUAAAUAUUCAGUUAUUAAAUCUCUGAUUUAUGUUAAUA